AUGGAUGUGAACUUGGUCACGGUCUUGGCUAUUCUAGCAGUCGCAGGUCACGGUACAGCUAUCCAAGUAGGAUUUGGGCUGGUACAUGCAAACUCGCAGAAGUUUACUUUGCUUGUGGAUGUGUCAGUAGCUGUCAGCAGACGUCAGGAAACUUUGUUUCCUGGGGCCUUUAACUGUUGCACAACGAUUUCAGAUGAAAUUCCCAAAGGAAUUCUCCGAAGAGUGAAGAGGUUUGAAAUCCAGAAAGCAGAUGGCCUGUGUCACCUAGAAGCUGUUAUCCUCUACAUAGAAAGCAGAAAGUUCUGUGUGAGCCCACGGAUUAGAAAAGUUGAAAAAUGGAUGAAGAAGAGUAAGCACAAGACUUCCAGAAAAAAACAUCAUAGUAGAAAGCAGAGAAGAACCAAAGUUAUUAAAAAGAAAGGA